UGACGGUCCGUCUCCAGCUAACGUGAGAUUUGUAUGCCGCCUGAAGGCUGCCUAGACAGAAUAUAGAUCCCCAUCGCCAUCAACAUCCCUCCUUCAUUAUUAAAAUCCAUCUUCCGCUACUGUAACCGUACCAAUAAAAUCAUCACUCUGAUUCAAACCUCUUUUGUCCUUAGAAGCUAUACACAUAUGCCGAUAAUCAUGGCUCUCCAAGCCCCCGAGCAAGUCUCACAAGUCCUUCCUACUAUGGACACUACAAAGGAAAGAAGUUCCUCAUCACGACGAAGCUCUCCAGAGAGAGUCGCAACCCUCAUCCUUCAAGAGAAGCCCAUUCAUGCCCGCCAUAUCCCCACGAAACCCGCGACGGUGGAGAAUCGAUUACGACCUGCUGCAGAUGUCAUCAAUCGCAUAAUAUGGGACCCGGACUACGAUAGUGAUGAUUUCGUGAUUGUAUAUGAGGACCGAUUCGAGGGACGCCUUGAAGCCAGCUUCAACACGUGGAAGCGAGAGACGACGCACGACGAGUUCAUCCCCCAACAUCGUAUCCUCCAUAUCAAACGCCGGUCGGAUGAAGAGAUUGUUUGGGAUCGAAGGAGGAGGAUUGACAAGGUCUUCUGUAGUGGGAACUCGGCCUUUGACUAUCUGGGCUUUCUUAGUUGAAUGGAACAACUUUCGAGAGGAC